AUGAAGUUCUCCGCCGUCACAUUCGUGGCCGCUCUGGCCACGGCUUCGCCAGCCAACACUAUCAAUGCACGCAACGAGCUUGCUUUAAGACAGGCCGCUGCGGCUUGUAACAUCGGUUACUGCACUCAGAAUGGCGGCACCACCGGUGGUGCCGGCGGCUCUAGCGUGACUGUCAAGACCGUUGACGAACUCGUUGCAGCCGCCAAGCGAACAGGUCCUCUUACAAUUGUUGUCUCCGGCGCCAUUUCGGGCAGCGCCAAAGUUCGCGUCUCUUCGGACAAGACCAUUGUUGGAGAGAAGGGAAGCUCCCUGAACAACGUUGGCUUAUACAUUCGUCAGGCCAAGAACGUUAUCGUUCGCAACUUGAAGAUAGGCGGUGUGAAAGCAUCCAACGGUGAUGCCAUUGGCAUUGAUGAGUCAACCAAUAUCUGGGUUGACCAUUGCGACCUUUCUGGCGACCUGAGUGGCGGCAAGGAUGACCUCGAUGGUCUUCUUGAUGUCUCUCACGGCGCCGACUGGAUCACUAUCUCCAACGUUUACUUUCACGACCACUGGAAGGGAUCCCUGGUUGGGCACUCCGACAACAAUGCCGGCGAGGAUACGGGCAAGCUCCAUGUCACCUACGCCAACAACCACUGGUUCAACAUCAACUCCCGUACCCCCCUAGUUCGCUUCGGCACCGUCCACGUCGUCAACAACUACUACAACAAGCUCCUUGCGUCGGGCAUAAACUCGCGCAUGGGCGCUCAGGUCCUUGUCCAGAGCACCGCGUUCACCAACAGCCAUGCCAAGGCUAUCUUCUUUGCCGAUUCUAAGCAGACCGGCUACGCCGUUGCUGAGGACGUCAGCCUAGGCGGCUCUCAGAACACUGCCCCCAAGGGAACCCUCACCUCUGCCUUGCUUCCAUACAAGCUCACCGCUAUUGGUUCCAGCAAGGUCGCCAGCACCAUCCCCGGCACUGCUGGCCAGAAGUUGUGA